AUGCCUAUAUUUCCCGGAAAAUGUCUAAGUGUUGAUGAUGCACUGUCGAUGUUGGCUCGUAACUUGCUGAUCGGGGAUGAUACGCAGGAUGUGUCUCCCAGAUCCAUGGCCCCAUUCUCCUUGCCACCUGACAAUGUUCUUGCUUUGGAUGGGGUGAAGGAUUUCAACCAGAAACAGAACGAUUGGUAUCGGCGACGACUCGCGGACUACUGGCAGAGUAUCGGACUGAGUGCCGAUUUGCUGCAGACACAUCUCAAGCUUGUCCGCCGCGAUCACUCCGAGCUCAUAGAAGAGUUGUCUGCAGAAGGUCUGAUCAACGAGAAGCUUUACGAAGAUCUUCGCCUGCGAACUCAGAGCACACAUAUUCGUACCAGGAUUGACAUAUCGAAUGUGGCCGCAUCGUAUCAAGCGAUGAUCACGGCGCGCGGGCAGUUUCAUACAUUCACCAACAAGACGAAUCUACAAAAUCGCGGUGAGAUCGGAUGCAAUGUCGCUUUGAGUCUAGGUCGGGCCAUUGACUGGAUUUACGGUGCCAUCGACAUCUUGAACGACAGCUAUUCUCGCAUAGAGCAGGCCCGCGCCGUAAUAACUCCUGUUUUCCGUUUGGAGAGGGACAGCCUUGCGAUUAUCUUCGAGUUGCUGGCCAACUACGAAGCACCCUCAAAGAAGUCCUUGGGCUGGAUGAGACUUGCGCACGUCUGUAGCGCUUGGCGCCGGGUGGUAUUGUCAUUGCCUUCACUCUGGGCACGAGAUGCGUAUGCUCUUGGGCCUUCAGUCGCGACGGGCCAUACACUGGCUCGUGCCCAAGACGCAGUCCUCUCAGUCAGCGCGCGCAGGCUUUCUCAGACCCAUGACGGAAAUUUAUCGGCCAAUCACUCCUUUUGCGUGGACUUUUCGAGCCGUGACGAGAUCGAACCUAUCUGGCUCGCAGCGUGCAGGGAGGCACUGCGUGAUCUGCACAUCUCAUGUGGGGACGACCACGAGGUUGGCUUCGAAGACGAAUCGGCCCUUCAUCUCAUGGAGCACGUGCUGAGCGAUAGACCUCAGCCACACUUGCGUUCAAUCACCCUAUGGGCGAAGUGGCCCACUCAGAGCAUCAGAAGUACAGCAGGGCAGCUCACCAUGGCACCACAUCCGAACCUUCGCUAUGUUCGCUUCGUGAACAUGUUUAUGCCCUUCAGCCUCGCGGGACUUGCGCGUUUGCACCUCACUCGCUCUGCAGGCCCUCACCCUCGUACAAUGCCUCAAGAAUGGCUUAUUGCAUUGCUGCACUCACUAGAAUCGUGUCCCAACUUGACCGAACUACGGCUCGUUCAUUGGAUAUUACCUGUGACUCCUGCGGCCAGAAGGAUUGAACUUCCUCACCUUGCCACACUUGGAUGCUCCGACGCUCGUCUAUUGGGGCACUUGAGACUCCCCGCCUUGAGAUACGUGCAAUUUCUGACUGCGACUCUGGCGAACCUCGAAGUCGUCCCAGAAGUUUUGGAAGCUAUAUUUGCAUCAUAUGGGCUAUCCCCUCGCGGUAUACACCUCUCACAGCGCGUCUCAAACAUUCCAAUCACCUCUCAACAUGACAUUCUCAUGCUACAACUGAGUUGGGAACCUCUUGCCCGCCCGCCCUCUCUACCUUUGACCUUCAAACCCACUACGUUCACUGCCGAUGCGCCGGGGCCUGGUCUCUCCUUCGGUUUCUACGUCCGGCGAGCGCUCGCGGUCCGCUCGCUCUCGUUCCUCUUCGCGCAGGUCGCGCACAUCGUCGGCCGGACGGCUGGAACGCAGUCAUUGGAGACCAUCGGGUUCGACAACGAAACGCGCGAGCACACAUUCUUCGGUGUGGCACCAAGCCCGUACCAGCUCAUGCUCCUUCCGUCUAUGCCAACAAUACGGAGGGUUGACAUACCUCUCCGGGAUAUCGACACGACUUACCACCUUCUUCACUCCCUCGGGGUUGACGUCAACGUCCAAAACCUCCCGCUUCUGCAGUGCAUCAGAUUGAGGGGAUCGUUGUCCGUGGCGGAGAAGUUCAUGGAGAUGCAUAGGACGCUGGCAGUCCUGCUUCGCGCGCGGAUGUCGCACGGCAUGGAACCGAUCGGGUCUCUCGAGUUCGAUCUGUCUUCGAAGGCGAUGUCGUCCGUGAGCCUACAUGAUAGUCUGGGAAAGCUGAACCAGGCUCUUGGAGCCCUUAUCAUCCUCGUGAAUAGUGAUUCGAGUCGAUCCGCCGCGUUGAAGACGGAUACGAAGAUCAUGCAGGGCCAGGUUCAUCUCCUUGUUACUAUCACGUACUCUACGUAG